AUGGUUGGAAGCAUGAAGACGAGAGGCAAAACCGCCGCGAUGGCUAAAUCCGUGACGGCCCAAAGCCAUUCCACCCACGGUCCCGCAAUCGACAUGGUGGCACCACCACCUCUCACCACCGCACCGGCCACCACCGCCGAACAUGGUGGAACCUCUCAUCAAGGUGGGCUUGUUACCACCAUCGACUUAGGCCCGGUCUUGGAGCAACUUCAAGCGUUCCCUCCAUUGCCUCCACGCUCGACACAUGCUCCCGCGUACACCUCCAAUGAAACCCUAGCCCGUGUACAAUUGGGCUCCACACACUUCUCUCCUCCCGAUCCACGAAGUCAAGCAGACCUUAGUCUGAGAGUUGACCAGCUAGCUCAGAGAAUGGAUGACCAAAGAGAUCUGAUGAGGCAACUCCUCCACCAAAUCGGCUUGGCUCAAAACCUUGGCCUUGGACAACUGGGCGAAGAGAGAAGGACGGACGAACGCACCGGCAGGCAGCUCAACGGGUACCCAGCAAGUCGAGCAGGAGUGGGCAGACAAGGCGAGGGACAACAACUUGAUCGGCCUACCGACAUGUCACAAGCAUCUGCGAGCCCCACUCGGAGCAGAUUAAGCCCCCAGGAAGGUCAGCCAGACAACCAUCGCAACGAGGAUCGUGAAGAAAGACGCUCAGCUGUCCACUCGCAGAGGAGCAUUAACGAGAGGCUACGUCCCCAGGGUGGUCAACUGGAUAAUCAUCACAAUGAGGAUCACGAGGAAAGGUGCUCCGCUGCUCACUCUCGAAGAGACGGUUCUCGUCGACAAGCUACGGAGAAUCUCUCGCAAGCGCAGUCCACCAACACGUCGCCUAGGCAGCGCAUAAGCAUUGGCGUUAUGGUGAAAUGA